AUGCAGAAUGCAUUCACGUACUCGCAGGCUCCGAUCCGUCGAGUACGACAGAUCCAGUUUGGCAUCCUGUCACCCGAGGAGACGCGUGCUCUCUCUGUUGCAAAGAUCGACUCUCCCGAGAUCUAUCAGGAUGUCGGCCUCGGCGCGGGCAGCUCUGUUGGCGGUCGACCCAAGGCGGGCGGACUGGCAGAUCCCAGGAUGGGUACCAUCGAUCGCAACUUCAAAUGUCAGACCUGCGGAGAGGGGAUGGCAGAAUGUCCCGGCCAUUUCGGUCAUAUCGAGCUCGGCCGGCCAGUCUAUCAUGUCGGCUUCAUGACGAAAGUCAAGAAGAUCCUCGAAUGCGUCUGCGUCCAGUGUGGCACGCUCAAAUCUGAUCUAUCUGAGCUACCCCUCGCGGAUGCGGUCAGACAUACCCAAAACCCAAAGAGACGACUCAAGCUGGUCCACGAGGUCGCAGCCAAAAAGCGUCAAUGCUCGCGUGACGCGCCAGAUAUCCAGAUCAUCAAGGACGAUGAUCUCACUGGACUCGAACGCAGAGACGAAGGACGCGCCUCCCGGCUCGCUCAAGAAUACUAUGCUGGUCGACAUGGCGGUUGCGGAUCGAUCCAACCUGUCAUCCGCAAGGAGGGCCUCAAGCUCUUUCUCGUGUACGACAAGUCGACGACAGACGACGACGGUGGCAAGGACAAGUCUCAGGAGAAAGUCCCACUUUCUGCUCGGCGGUGUCUCGAGAUCCUGCGCAGCAUCCCAGAGAGAGAUCUCGACUUCAUGGGGUUGAGCAAGGACGAGGCCAGGCCGGAAUAUAUGAUCUUGCAGAUCCUACCCGUGCCGCCACCGCCCGUCAGACCUUCAGUCUCUGUCGAUGGCGGCGCGAUGCGCAGCGAAGACGAUCUGACUUAUAAGCUUAUCGAAAUCCUGCGGACCAAUCAGCAACUCGUCAAGCUAGAGGCCGAAGGUGCAGGCGCUCAUAUUCUUGACGAAUUUGAGCAAUUGCUACAGUGGCAUAUCGCGACCUAUAUGGAUAACGAUCUGCCCGGUCAACCCCAAGCGAUGCAAAAAUCGGGUCGUGCAGUCAAGUCCAUCCGAGCCCGACUAAAGGGCAAAGAAGGACGACUGAGAGGCAACUUGAUGGGAAAACGAGUCGAUUUCUCUGCUCGAACGGUCAUCACUGGCGAUCCCAACUUAGAACUAGACGAAGUCGGCGUGCCCGAAUCGAUUGCGAAAAAUCUGACCUAUCCUGAGCGGGUGACGCCUUACAACAUCACGGCUCUACAGGCUUUGGUUGCCAAAGGUCCAGACGAGCUGCCCGGUGCGAGAUACGUCGUCAAAGAUUCGGGAGACCGAAUCGAUCUGCGGUAUUUGCCUUCGGGCACGAGUAUCGAUCUGGCCUAUGGCUGGAUCGUGGAGAGGCAUCUGCGGAAUGGCGAUUAUGUUCUGUUCAAUCGGCAACCGUCCUUGCACAAGAUGUCCAUGAUGGCUCAUCGUGUCAAACUGCUGCCUUACUCGACCUUUCGACUCAAUCUCUCUGUUACCCCACCCUACAAUGCUGAUUUUGAUGGCGACGAAAUGAAUAUGCAUGUGCCUCAGAGCGAGGAAACUCGCGCAGAGCUACAGCAGAUCGCAUGGGUUCCCCGUCAGAUCGUCUCGCCCCAAGCGAACAAGCCCGUCAUGGGCAUCGUGCAAGAUACACUUUGCGGUAUUCGCAAGUUCACCUUGCGAGACUGCUUCAUGGAUCGCGACUUUGUUCAGAAUAUCAUGCUCUGGGUGCCGGAAUGGGACGGCUUGCUCCCGCCGCCUGCAAUUGUCAAGCCGAAACCAAUGUGGACGGGCAAGCAGAUCCUGUCGAUGUGCAUCCCUCGAGGUGUCAAUCUGUUCAUCGACAACGAAGCGCAUUCUUCCCUGCCCGAUGACGAUUCUGGCGUCCUCGUAGACGAUGGCGAGAUUUAUUAUGGUGUGAUCAAUAAGAAGACUGUGGGUGCACAGAGAGAGUCGCUCGUCGAUCUCAUCUUCAGAGAAAAGGGUCCAGAGAUCUGUCGACUGUUCUUCACGGGCGUUCAAAAGGUCGUCAAUUUCUGGCUCUUGCACAAUGGCUUCAGUAUCGGUAUUGGCGAUACGGUAGCAGACAGGGAUACGAUGAGAACCAUUACUGACUACAUCCAGACUGCAAAGGACGAAGUGGCCGUCUUCAUCUCCAAAGCGCAGCAAGAUUUGAUCGAGCCCGAGCCGGGUAUGACGAUCCGCGAGACUUUCGAAUCGAAAGUCACCGGCUCGCUCAACAGAGCUCGUGAUACUGCCGGUCAAUCUGCCGAAAGAAGCUUGGCUGCGAGCAACAACGUCAAACAGAUGGUCGUUGCCGGUUCAAAGGGAUCCUUUAUCAAUAUCUCUCAAAUGUCAGCUUGUGUUGGUCAGCAGAUCGUAGAAGGCAAACGGAUCCCCUUUGGUUUCCGAUACCGUUCCCUGCCGCACUUCACCAAAGACGAUCACACACCCGAAGCACGAGGAUUCGUGGAGAACUCUUACUUGCGAGGUCUGACCCCGCAAGAGUUCUUCUUCCACGCCAUGGCUGGUCGUGAAGGUCUCAUCGAUACUGCUGUCAAGACUGCAGAGACGGGUUACAUCCAACGUCGUCUUGUCAAAGCGCUAGAAGAUGUCAUGGUCAAUUAUGACGGCACAGUACGCAAUUCGCUCGGCGAUAUCGUACAGUUUGUCUACGGCGAAGACGGCAUGGACGGUGCCUCUGUCGAACGUCAGGUCAUCGAGCCCAUCAGGCAGUCUGAUGUCGGCUUCGAGCGCAUGUACCGUGUUGAUAUUACCGAUCCGGCUUGGUCAUUCAAGCCUGGUACGCUACAAGCGGGCCUACUGGAAGCGGAUGCGAAUUUGCAAGACUUGCUCGAUGAAGAAUAUGCUCAGCUGCAGGAAGACAGAGCACUGCUCCGGCAAUUCAUCUUCCACAAUAGCACUGCUCAGUGGCCUUUGCCGGUCAAGCUCUUCCGUAUCAUCCAGAACGCUCAACAGAUCUUCAACAUCAACGAUCGAGAGCCUAGUGAUCUCAGGCCAGCUUACAUCAUCGAAGCAAUUCGUGAUCUAUCCGAAAAGCUAGUCAUCGUUCGAGGCUCUGAUAACCUGACCCUCGAAGCCCAAAACAACGCUGUCUUGCUGUUCCGCAUUUUGCUGCGCUGCGAGAUGGCGACAAAGCGGGUACUGCACGAGCAUCAUCUCAGUCGAGAAGCAUUCGAUUGGGUCGUUGGCGAAAUUGAAGCGCGCUUUAAUGCUUCUGUCGUGCAUCCUGGCGAGAUGUGCGGCACGCUCGCUGCACAGUCAAUCGGGGAGCCUGCCACGCAGAUGACGCUCAACACUUUCCAUUAUGCCGGUGUCUCGAGUAAGAACGUCACCCUCGGUGUACCACGUCUGAAAGAGAUCAUCAACAUUGCUGAUAAUAUCAAGACGCCUUCAUUGACUGUCUAUCUUCAGCCGGGAUAUGCAAGAGAUCAGCAACGGGCAAAGAGCGUAUCCAAUCAGCUUGGCCAUGUCACACUGCGUACUAUCACUGCUUCUGCAGAGAUCUUUUACGAUCCCGAACCGAGCCGGACGGUCAUCGAGGACGACAACGACUUUGUCGAGGCUUUCUUUGCUAUUCCAGAUCAGGAAGUCGAAGAGAACCUCCAUCGUCAGUCCCCUUGGCUGCUUCGUUAUGAGCUUGAUCGUGCAAAGGUUCUCGAUAAGGGUCUGACUAUGGCUGGCAUUGCGAGCAAGAUCUCGGCGGUGUUCCAAAGCGAUCUCUUCGUCAUCUGGUCCGAAGACACAGCUGAGAAGCUGGUCAUCCGGUGCCGGACGCUACAGUCAGAAGAAAAGGAUGACGAUGAUGAUGCGGACGAGCAAGAUGAAGUCGCUUUCCUCAAGCGUAUCGAAACUCACAUGCUCGAUGAUGUCGAGCUGGGCGGUAUCAAAGGCAUUCAGCGAGUUUACAUGGUGGACCAGAAGAAGCAGGUGAUCACGCCUGCUGGCACGUGGGGCAGCGAACAAGAAUGGACGCUCGAAACGGAUGGACUCAACCUGCGCCAAGUCUUGACUAUUGACGGCGUCGAUGCACGACGGACAUACUCGAACAGCAUCGUUGAAGUCUACAAUGUGCUCGGCAUCGAAGCUGCUCGUGCUGCUCUCCUUCGCGAGCUUCGAUUAGUCAUCGAAUUUGACGGCUCUUACGUCAACUAUCGCCAUCUGUCGCUGCUCUGCGACCUCAUGACCAAUCGUGGAAGGUUGAUGGCGAUUACGAGGCAUGGCAUCAAUCGCGCAGAUACCGGCGCGCUCAUGCGGUGCUCUUUCGAAGAGACUGUCGAGAUCCUCAUGGAAGCUGCGUCAGUAGCCGAGAAAGAUUACUGCACUGGCGUCGCGGAGAAUGUGCUGCUUGGCCAGCUGGCGCCCAUGGGCACAGGCGCAUUCGACACCAUGCUCGAUCUUGAAGCGCUCAAGAGAGUGGUCGUCGAUCAUAGAUUGCCAGCGAUGAAUAUGAUGGACGAAAUGUUCAUGCACAAGACCGGUCGCACGCCUCUGCAAGGUCAGGGCCACAGCACUCCUUAUAUGGACGUGGGCGACGGCAGGACGCCAAUGGUCGACAUGUCCUUCGACGGCUUGUCUGGCGCUGGUCAAUUCUCACCCGUCAAUACCGGCGAGGUCAUGCUCGAUGGUUCCAUGACGGCAUAUGGUUUUGGUAGCGGGCAAACCUCGCCGUACUCGAUCGGUGGUCCUGGAGAUCUCAACACCAGUCCGCAAGGAGCAUACUCCCCAACAUCUCCUGGAUACUCCCCCGCGAGUCCUUCAUAUGUGCCGACGUCGCCGAAUGCGAUGGGCGCGACUUCGCCGAUGUUCAGGACAUCGCCGACCUCGCCUUGGGUCAACGGAGCGUUGGGCAAUACCUCGCCUGCAUAUUCGCCCACAUCACCCAAUCACUACUCGCCAGCGUCGCCGAACUUCUCACCUGCUUCGCCGCGUUUCUCGCCGUCAUCGCCCAGGUUUUCGCCUGCAUCACCGAACUUCUCGCCUGCUUCGCCCAAUUAUGCGCCGAACGGUCAGCGGAGAGCAUCACCGACCUCACCGCAGUUCUCACCAGCCGGUCACCGCUCGCCUACAGGACAACGGUACAGUCCGACGAGCCCGAGCUAUUCGCCCACUUCGCCCGCCUUUUCGCCGACUUCGCCGAACGGGCUAUAUUCGCCCGCAGCGUCGAGCAGAGGCUCGCGGAAAGGGUCCGGAGCAUCAGCUGCAGCGUCUGCGUCUGCGCGAAAGUAUUCGCCUACCUCGCCGUCCUACUCGCCGACAUCGCCUGCUUACUCGCCCACAUCUCCCAAUGCGAUGAGCAUGGCCAGCAAGAUCUCGCCAACGUCUCCCACGUCGCCCAGAGGACCGCAGCAGUAUUCGCCCGGGAGUCCAGCGAUGAGUUCGCCGACAUCACCGAUGCACUCUCCUUCGAGUCCGAGGUUCAGCCCAUCUGCAGGCGCGGAUCGGUACGCUCCUGCAGGCGCAGGUCGAUAUUCUCCUCAGAGCGGAUCGCCGGCGGAGCCACAUUCGUCUGGUCAGAAGAGGACAGCUUACUCUGCUUCGCCUUCUUGGCAGCAGCAGUGGCUCCCGUGCACUGACCAGUGCGAGACUUGUCAGACAUCUGAGCGACGGCGACCUUGCAAUCUAGCUCGAAAGAUGGGCGUCGUUGCUAGCUGUUGCGGCUGCGGAGGCGACCUCGCAGGUGGAGGCAGAGGAGCAGGAUACGAGCCGUUGCUGCUCGAGAACGAGAGGGAAGCCGUCGCCGAUUUGCUCCAAUACUUAGAAAAUCGAGCAGAGACGAACUUCUUCACCGGUGAUCCUCUCAGAUCUCUGGCAACGCUCUCCUUCUCCGAAAAUGUGGACCUCCAACGAAGUGCCGCCUUGGCUUUCGCAGAGAUCACAGAGAAGGAUGUACGAGAGGUGUCGAGAGAUACGCUCGAGCCUAUCAUGUUCCUGCUCCAGUCGCACGAUGUCGAAGUCCAACGAGCCGCGAGCGCUGCCCUUGGCAAUCUCGCAGUCAACACUGACAACAAGAUCCUCAUCGUCAAGCUGGGCGGCUUGGAGCCGCUGAUCCGUCAAAUGCUCAGCCCGAACGUCGAGGUCCAAUGCAACGCUGUCGGCUGCAUCACCAAUCUCGCUACUCAUGACGAGAACAAGACAAAGAUUGCAAAGAGCGGCGCCCUUGUGCCUCUUACGCGCCUCGCCCGAAGCAAAGACAUGCGUGUUCAGCGCAAUGCCACUGGUGCACUCCUCAACAUGACCCACAGCGAUGAGAACCGACAGCAACUGGUCAAUGCGGGCGCCAUCCCUGUCCUCGUCUCACUGCUGUCUAGCCCCGAUACGGACGUUCAGUACUACUGCACGACUGCGCUUAGCAACAUCGCCGUGGACGGCGUCAAUCGACGCAAGCUCGCCCAGUCUGAACCCAAACUCGUUCACAACCUGAUCGGACUCAUGGACUCACCGAGCCUCAAAGUCCAAUGCCAAGCCGCUCUCGCGCUCAGGAAUCUGGCUAGUGACGAGAAGUACCAGAUCGACAUUGUCAAGAAUCGCGGUCUAGAUGCGCUUCUGAGACUCCUCAAUUCGUCUUUCCUACCGCUCAUUCUAUCGGCAGCAGCCUGCGUCCGCAACGUGUCUAUCCAUCCUGCCAACGAGUCGCCCAUCAUCGAAGCUGGCUUCCUCCAUCCACUCAUCCACUUACUCGCAUACGAUGAGAAUGAGGAGAUCGCUUCUCACGCUAUCUCCACGCUACGCAAUCUGGCGGCGAGCAGUGAGAAGAACAAGCUCGCAAUCGUCGAAGCAGGAGCUGUGGAACGAAUCAAGGAGCUCGUUCUCAAUGUUCCGCUGAGCGUUCAGAGCGAAAUGACCGCUUGCGCUGCCGUUCUCGGUCUCAGCGAUGAUAUCAAGGGUCAAUUGCUGGACAUGGGCAUCUGCGAAGUUCUGAUACCGCUCACGGCUUCGCCCAGCGUGGAAGUGCAAGGCAACAGCGCAGCAGCUAUCGGCAAUCUGUCAUCAAAAGCGGAUGACUAUGCUGCUUUUAAUGCUGUCUGGACCGAACCAGAAGGUGGUCUGCACGGCUAUCUCGUCCGAUUCCUCGACAGCCGAGAUACGACUUUCCAACACAUUGCAGUGUGGACCGUCGUCCAGCUCCUCGAAUCAGGAGAUGCCACACUCGAGCAUUCCAUCAAAUCUUCAUCUCAACUCAUGGCGCUCAUCCAAGGUCUUUCCACAUCAGCAUCAGCAGCACCUUCAUCCGCCGGCGGCGAGCCCAAGCCUUCCGAUUCUGUCUCUCAGACGGGCGGAAGUGGCGACGAGGACGAAGAGGGAGGCGAGGGAGAGAUUGCUGCUCUGGCGAGAAGGAUCAUCGAUCUGCUCGAUUCGCCUCAGGCUUGA